CACAACUCAAGUAAAACACCAGUCUCAUUGAGAAUAUAUUGUUUACAAUGGUGCAGAUCAAAUUCCUGUUAGUCCUCCUGGCCGUGAUGACAAUUGUUGUCCUGGCGGCCAACAUGGCGGAUGCUGAUUUUAAAUCUGGAAAAUUUAAAGGAGGUUGCAUGGCUUGGAGUGGAGAGAAGUGCCGUCGCCUUUGCAAGGAGCAAGGAGCAGUCAGUGGACAUUGUAGUAGCAACUUUAAAUGUUGGUGCGAAAUGUAAAAUGUUUUAAAGAAUUCUUGAAAAAUAAUAAAUGUUUUAUUCACCGCAAA